AUGGUCACGCUACGUCUCGUUGCCGACCCGUCAGGGGCCAGCUGGCCAGCACCCUCAAGGGGCACGUUCGUGAUUCCCAGCUUCGAGUUCGAAAGCGGCGAGCGGUUAGAGAACCUGCGGCUUCACUACCAGACCGUGGGCAAGCUCCAAGCCGACGGUGACGGCCGCGCAACCAACGCCGUCCUGAUCAUGCACGGCACGGGCGGCUCCAGCGACCAGUUCUUCCGGGACAUCUUUGCAGGCGAGCUCUUCAACCCGGGCCAGCCCCUCGACGCGACCAAGUUCUUCGUCAUCUUUCGCGACGGCAUCGGGCACGGCCGCUCCAGCAAGCCGAGCGACGGACUGCGCGCCCGGUUCCCGCGCUACGGCUAUCGCGACAUGGUACAUGCGGACCACCGGCUGCUCACGGAGGGACUGGGCGUCAGCCACCUGCGCCUCGUCAUGGGCACGUCUAUGGGCGGCAUGCAGUCCUGGCUCUGGGCGGGCAUGUAUCCCGACUUUGUCGACGCGGCCAUGCCGCUUGCUUCGCUGCCGACCCAGAUUGCCGGGCGGAACCGCAUGUCGCGCAAGAUGAUCCUGGAUGCGAUACGGGAGGACCCACGGUACCAGGGUGGCGAGUACACGGAGAAGCCGGUGCAUGGGCUCAAGGCGGCGCUUAACGUCCUCACGUGGAUGAGCUCCGUGCCGCUCCUUUGGCAGCAUGAAGCCCCAGAUAGGGACACUGCGGACGCAUUUCUCGACAAGCGAUUGGAGGCGUCGCUGCGGACGACAGAUGCCAACGACUUGCUGUAUCAAGUCGCCUCAUCUUCGGACUAUGAUCCUCGACCGUUGCUGAAGAAUAUCACGGCGGCGCUGCUUGCGAUAAACUCGGCGGAUGAUCAGGUCAAUCCACCAGAGCUAGGUAUCUUGGAAGUGGGUAUCAAGGAAGUGCGCAGAGGAAGGGCCGUGGUGCUUCCCAUCAGCGAGGCGACGAGGGGACAUGGCACGCACACGUACGCAGCUCUGUGGAAGGAUGAGCUGGUGAGAUUGCUGAGGGAGUCAAUGCCACGGGCAAACUGCUCUGUUGGUAGCGGAGCUCGAGCGUCGUGA